AUGGCGCCUGUGUCCCUUUCGCUAAAUGACAUCCAGGGCCCACUCAACGUGGAAAUCGACCUGCAAGCCAACCGCAUCAUCAUCGGCUUCCCCAACCCAGAGCAGGCCAAGAGCUACCACAAAAUCGUCCAAAGCCGCGACCGGAAUGGCAUAGUCUCUUGCCAGUUGGACGGACACAAGACAUCGCUACGACUGCCAGGGAGAAUAAUCAGCAUCUCUGCCAGCACGCGAUGCGGCGGCCUCUGUUUCAACUUUGCCGACCUUGAGCUGGCCAAAUGGUGGGUGGGUGAGCUGCUGAUCUGGAAGUUUGUCGAAGGGAGCAACAGGAAGGUCUAUGUUGACCGGCGCAUUGGCUGCCCUUCAGCUCCGCAUACACCGGGGGGACAGCAUACACCCACGGCCGUACAGAGGAUGGGGCAUACCCGCGGCCUGAGCAUUGGAACCAUUGGCACGAAUCGAAUCUCAGCUUGA